AUGAGAGUAAUAUUUCGACCAGAGCAACCUUCUCCAUCAUCAGUUACGCGUCAAUCAAAUUCUUCCAUAUCCGAACUCAAUCGAUCACGUGCAAAGACCAUUUCAACAACUAGUACUACACCAGAAGGUGAAGGUCCAUCAGUACAAUCAACUGGUUUUAAUCUCUUGCAAUCAAUCAAAGAUUUAACACAUCAAGAAUUAAAUCGUGCUAAUCCAUUAGGUCUUCUCGGUAAAGAAGUUAUAUUAGCAACAGGAACAACACAUUGUCCUGAACCAAUACCACCUAAAGAAAUCGAUGAAAUAUUACUAACUAAUAUUAAAACAUCACCAUCAUCAUCAUCAUCGAUGUCACCAAUUGAUGAUAAUGAACCUCAACAAUUACAUUUUCCAUUAAAUGAAGAAGAAAAAAUUCGAAUGCAACGACGUCGUUCAACAUUAGCCAAUACAACUGAUAUUCCACUUCCACCAUGUCCAGCUGAAUUUAUUUCAACAAAUAAUGAUCAAGAUUUACAACCUCAUCUUUUUUCUCAACCAUCACCAGGUACCAUGGUUGCAGAUUUUAUACCUGAUACAAUGACAAUCAAUGUUUUUGAAGUAUUUAUUUAUGCUUGGGGUGUAUUUGCAUUCUUUUUUGAUAUGGUUACUGACAUUGUUUUGGCACAUGCGUAUUAUUUAGAAGGUGCCUAUUGGUUAUUUAUAUUAACAUUAAUGUGUGUUAUUUUACCAAAUUUAACAUUAUCGGUAUUUUCACUUGUUUGGUAUAUUGACAGUAGUCAAUUAAAAGCAGCUGCUAAUGAUCAAAGUAAAACAGAAUAUGAAACAUCACAUCAAACUUCAUAUUGUCAAACAGAUGAUCUAAUGGAAAAAGAUAAUGUUGAAGAUCAAGUUGAUGCUCAUAUAUCACGAAUAAGACAUCAACCACAAAUACCUGAAGAAAAACCAAAAAAAAAAACUUUUCAUUUAUCAUCAACAACUGCUGAUGUUUUUACAUGGAUUAUUCGAAUUGUUAUACUUGUACUUCAACUUGAUUUAUGUCUUAAAUAUAUUCGUGGUUUAUAUUAUACAUGGAAAGGUUUUCAAAAACGUCAUAGUCCAAAAUGGAAACGUUUUUAUUUAACAAAACAAAUUUUAAUUGAUGCUGAUAUUGCAUUAUUACGUGUAUUUGAUUGUUUUAUGGAUUCUGGUUCUCAGGUUGUAUUACAAUUGUAUAUUAUGUUACGACUUGGUUCAAUGUCAAUGAAAUUCGAUACUCUAUUUGCAAAGCAAUGUUUAUCAAUUAUUUCAUCACUUGGUUCAUUAGCAUAUGCAUUAAGUGGUUAUUCAAGAUGUUGGAGACAUAUGCAAUUAACACACUCACCACAUGGUUGGCCAAAAGGUAAACCUCCUCCACAAUUAGUUUCUUGGUGGAGUACAAUUAUUCAAUGGUUUUGGUAUCUAUUUUUAAUUACACCACGAGUUCUAGCACUUGCAAUGUUUGCUGCAACAUUUCGUUCAUGGUUUUGGAUUAUUCUUGUUGCACAUUGGUUUGGAAUGCUUUUCUGGAUUCUUCGUUUUCGUACAAUUUUUUGUAUUAGUGAUCAAACAAAAUAUAAUCCACGAGAAGCAAUUUUUGAAAAAUGUUACAAUCUUGUUUGUUCAUACAUAUUUAUAUUUUGCUAUAUGAAUUUACGUAAAGGUGAUACUCGUUUACAUUAUAUUGGUUUUUAUACAAUCUAUUAUAUUGAAAACAUUUCAUUUUCAAUUAUUUAUGCAAUUCAUUCUGCUGAAACAAAUUCUAUAUUGAAAUAUUCUCUUGUUACAUUUGUUUGUAUUGGUUUUUGGUUUGCAGUUUUGUUUCAAUUUAUUUAUUAUCGUUUUCUACAUCCAAGUGAUCAUGUUCGUAUUAAUACGAAGCAUAAUGUUGCAUCAAUAGCACGUAUACGACCUUUACCACGUUUUAAUCGUAUGAAAAAAUCGAAAUCAUGUGAAGAAAUGAUUGAUCAUAAUGAUUUACAAAAUCAAAACGAAAAUAAUGAUCUUAGUGAAACAAUUUCAUUACAAUUUAAUUCAAAUUCAAUUAAUGAACGAUGGCAUAAUCGUUUUUCAAAAGAAAACCGACAAAAACUUAUUUCACAACAACAAGCCAUUGAUCAAAAAGUUAAAUUAACGAGAGCACAAAAACAAUUGGAAGAAUCAACUAAACGUCAGCAACAUCCAUCACGUGGUAUUCUAACAAAACUAUCUACAAAUUUUAAACGACCAACUACAAUCUCAGCAUCUGCAUCAACAGAAAAUAAAGAUAAUAGCAAUAUAGCUAAUACUACUAGUAUUACUACUACUGACAAUCAUUCAUCUAAUGCUGACAAUCGUAGUUUUCGACGACAACCAUUUUUUAAUGUAACACGUGUUUCAUUAACACGAUCACCACAUCAAGAAUCAUAUGCUAAAAUGCAACAAGAAGAUGAAGAAGAUUGUGAUAAACCGUCUAUUUCAUAUAUAUCAGAUAAACGAGCUCCUCAACAUCAACAACAAUUAAAAAUGUAUAAUAUUGAUGAAGAUGUACAUAUAUCAGAUGAUAAUUAUAAUAAUUCUUCACAUAUCAGUUCUAGUAAUAAUGACGAUGAAAAAGAAAUGAUUUUAACUGCAGCAAAACUCACUCCACUGAUAAUAUCUUCUCCUACAGCUGAUAAUAAAUCAUAUAUAUCAUCAACACCAAUAACACAUAUUUCUCGAUGUUAA